CUAAUUUUGGCGCUCACAAACGUUCAAGCCUAGAAAUGAAUAACAUCACCGCCAAAAACAACUCCAUUGACGGCACUUUCUAGAGAGAGAAACACAAAGCACUGUGUGUGUGUGUGUGUGUUUUGACGGAGAAACGAAGAGAUGGCUGACGCAAUCGAGCCGUUGGACUUCGAGUUUGAAGAUACGAUUCCAAUUUCUCCACCCCUGCCGAAGAAAAGGAAGAAAGUCAUCGGUUUGGAUGAUCUCUUAGAGGAUUACAAGAAAGAGCAAAAGAGGCUUGACGAGAGAAAACACAAACAAAAGAGGAGUCGAAAGGUUUUUGAAGCAGAGGAUGAUGAUGAUGAUGAAGAUGAUGCAGAAGCACGUCUGUCAGAGUGCGUCGACCAGUGCCAAAAACAGAUAAAUCAAAUAUACGGUGAUGAUGAGAUGCCCUUGUGGGGCAUUCGAGUUUUCGGGGAUCAGCAAAUACUGCCACAGAAAGAGUAUCCAGAGCUAAAAAGUUCUGUUCUCCUGCAGUCUUUCACGAAGAAUGAGAUCAAUUCACUGGUCGAGCUAAACAUCGAGAAAGGAGAAAAUUUCCUGGAAGGACUAUUGAUGAAUGGAUGGCUAUUGAACAUUGUACGUGCAUCAAGUCGUGUCGAAAAAUCUAUUGCCUCGUGGACAUUUAACUUAAUGUUAUAUUCAUCAAAGGUAGGGUUGACGGAAGCUGCCUGUGAGUUUUGGUGCGCUAUUCUCUCAUUCAAAAACAAGGCUGAUUCCUCUAGCAUCAAAAUUGACUGGUUACCUAGAUAUUCCGAUCUAAAAAGAGCUCUUCUGGCAUAUGGUUUUCUUCUGGACUCGCCUUCGAAGCUUUCAUCAGAUAUUGAUAUGGUUAAUGCUGAUUCGGAUACAGCAGGACCACCACAAAACAUCCGAUCUUGGAUUAAAUUUGCAGGUGUCUGCUGCCGUACGAGGGAUGCAAAUAUAAUUCUCUCGACUAAAGAAGCAGAAGAAUUACUAGUUAUAAUAAUAUCUCUCUUUCUAGAUCGACAACUACUCGGUCUGUCUAUGGUUCUGAACGAGGGCAUGCUUUCGGUAAUAAAUUUCUUCAGAGAUGAAGAAUGGCCUGACAGCUCUAUCGAAGUAGCAAAAUCUCUUGCUGACAGAUUGCCUUGCAACAUUAAUUGCUUGAGAGUGGUCGAGAGUAUUGUUGGAAUUGAUGGACGAAGUAAGCAGCUUAGGAGUGCAGUGGCAUUCCAAUUUCUGAUAAAAUUGUUGGGCAAAAAGGUAUAUGAUACAGAGGAGGUCCUAAGAUUGCUAAUUUCGAUUAAUUUAAAAGACAAAAUGUGUGAUCUCUCGAGAAUGUAUAUAUACUUGAAUCUGGCAGAAAACUGGCUAUUAUUCGACCCCAUGUUAAGAGAUAAAGCACUAGUACGCGAGUUAUGGUGCAAAUGUCUUCGAAAUUGCUCUUCUGGGAUAACUAUCACCGAUCUGAGGUCUUACGCUUCAAUUGUCAGGAGUAAAGCUUCAUAUCUUCUUCAAGGCUGGGCAAGCAAGUGA